UCGCGAUGGCUGGGAACGGGAGGGAGCUGCACUUCGCGGAAACCAAUCUUCAUGUUCAAUUCGCCUCGAAAAACUAACUUUUCUUGCUCAAGUUUGGCGGCGAAUCCACGUGUGAAGAAGUUUGUGAAUGAAUAACUUGGCCUGGCUGUGUUUAAAAGAGUUUGGUAAGCUGGCAGAGGUGCCAGGAUUUGGGGAAGGGGGAAGAGGGGAGGGCACCAGCUUCCUUGGGAGGUCUGUAGGCUAUACGACGCACUCAAAAUAUGGCACCAAUGGCAGAUGGAUAUUGCUUUCGAUAUUUAAAUUGGGCAUCUCCUGUCAAAUAAGGUGUCAUAUUUAUUCUGAACCCUAGUCGAUGGAUUUAUUACCCUCAAUACAAGAACAUUUGAACUGUACUUUCUCCCUAGGCUAGAAAUCUUGAAGCAUGGGUGACUGGAGCUUUCUGGGGCGGCUGUUGGAGAACGCACAGGAACACUCGACAGUAAUCGGCAAGGUCUGGCUGACUGUCCUCUUCAUCUUCAGGAUCCUGGUGCUGGGAGCGGCAGCUGAGGACGUGUGGGGCGACGAGCAGUCUGACUUCACCUGCAACACACAGCAGCCUGGCUGUGAGAACGUCUGCUAUGAUGAGGCUUUCCCCAUCUCGCACAUUCGCUUCUGGGUGCUGCAGAUCAUCUUUGUGUCCACGCCCACACUCAUCUACCUGGGUCACGUACUGCACAUCGUCCGCAUGGAGGAGAAGCGGAAAGAGAAGGAGGAGGAGCUGCGAAAGGCCAACAGACUCCAGGAGGAAAAGGAACUCCUUUACAAUGAAGGAGGGGAUGCAGGGGAAGGAGGAAGAGGUGGUAAAAAAGAGAAGCCACCUAUCAGGGAUGAGCAUGGCAAGAUCCGCAUUAGGGGUGCCCUGCUGCGCACCUAUGUGUUCAACAUCAUUUUCAAGACCCUGUUUGAAGUGGGGUUCAUUUUAGGUCAGUAUUUUCUUUAUGGCUUCCAGCUGAGGCCACUAUACAAGUGUGCACGGUGGCCUUGUCCCAACACUGUGGACUGCUUCAUAUCUAGGCCCACUGAAAAGACGAUUUUCAUAAUAUUUAUGCUUGUGGUGGCUUGCGUGUCUCUUUUGCUGAAUUUGUUAGAGAUCUAUCACCUUGGGUGGAAGAAAGUUAAACAGGGAAUGGCCACCCCUGAUCAUGUGUUGUUGCCCCGCUCUGAUGGUGUGGGUCCGGAGUCUAUAACUUCUGCCUCCAGAACUGCCCGUCCCAACCUCAGCUACCCACCGACGUACACAGAUGUGACGGCUGGGAGUGGUGCGUUCCUGCCGCCCAAGGUAGAGGCCUCCACGGUAGAGUUCAAGAUGGACCCCCUGCAGGAGGAGCCCUCAUCCUCCUACUACAUGAGCAGCAACAACAACCACAGGCUGACCACGCAGCAGAACUGGGCCAACCUGGCCACCGAGCAGCACACUCGGGAGGUGAAGGCCACCUCCCCCUCCUCUUCCCCCUCCUCUUCCCCUUCCUACGCCCCGUCCUCUGAUAGUAAGCAGCAGCCCUGUGAUGCUGCUCCCCCCACCACCACCAGCAGCCCCAGCUCCAGUGGGGGCAGUUUGAGUGGGGGGAAUGUUGAUCAGGAGGAAGGCCACGUCACCACCACAGUGGAAAUGCAUGAGCCCCCCGUCAUGGUCACAGACCCUCGCCGGCUCAGCAGGGCCAGCAAGAGCAGCAGCAUCAGAGCCAGGCCCAACGACCUGGCAGUAUAGUCAGUUCCCCUAAAUACACCUCCAACCUUCCAAAGCCCUCCCAACCCCCCCAAUGAUUUUUCUAUAAAAUAAUAACUAAAUAAAGAAUAAUUGAGGCAAUGUGAGGCAAGGGUCUGGAUCUGGAGUUGUUGCCUAGUAUAUAAAUAUAUUAACAGCUGUUGAUAUCAGUGCAAUCGGUGAGUUGUAGCAUGCGCAUUAUGAUAAAAAAAAUGUGCAGUGUGAUUGUGCAAUGUGCGUUAAAAUGGUCUCACAGGCCGAAGGCUUCAUUAUACUGGACAUCAGGGGAUAUUAGGGUUCUCAUUCCAGUUUAAAAUGGCCAAGUAACUUUUUUGUUUGAUUUCGGUUUCAAUGGCCUAGUAUGUGUCAAUGUGCUCUUGUCAACAGUGGUUGUUGUUGUUGAUGUGUUUAUUUGAUGAACAUAAAAGCCUAUUUAUUCCAAUUAGGAAUGAUACUGUAUAUUCAUCAAGUCGUUAAGUUCGAUUAGCAAAUUGCUGAGAACCAACUUUGAAUAAAACUGUAAUGUGGAACAAGUACAGGGUGUUUUGAAACCAGUUGUUUGUUUAGUAUGUUUUCUCUUAUGCUGUUAUACAAGUUUAGCCUUUCUUAAAGGUCUCAAUAUCAAAUAAUUUCUGGAUAACAAUUAAGUACCUUACUGUGAUUGUUUUCAAUUAAAAUGGUGAAAAAGAAACAAAAAUAGCUUCUUAGCAAAGAGCAAAUUCUCAGAGCAAGAAUGUUGUUAGGACUGUCUGGGAGUGGUCUGAGUGGGGAGGGGAAAACUGAAAACUAGCUGUUAUUGGCA